GUUGGUGUCCGGAGGCGAACGACGUGUACAAGCCUGCUCAUUCUCGCCCAGACCCUGGGAAUGGUUGCGGGGCCAAUCGUCGGAGGAUUUCUCGCAAGGAUUCCCAUGAAAACAGCAUUGUUCAACAAAAACACAUUGCCCGGCUGGUUUAUGGCAGUGGUUUGGAGCAUCUAUUGGUUGCUGACAAAAGUCCUGUUCAAAGACGUGACCGAUACUGCCGACCAGGUCUGAAUUCUAGUCAAUCAUUUUAAUUCUUAUCAUCGUUUCUCCAGCUUCAUGAGCAUCAUGACAGUCGCCUAGAGGUUUUGCAGGGAUCUAGAUGUGAAUUUCGUUCAGCAAUGACUGAUUCUCUGUGUGUAUUGGUGGUCAGGUCAGGGAUUCUAAAUAUGACGCUCGAUCCCAAUGCGCUGAGGGAGAAGGGGCCGAGAAGCAAGCCAGCUUCAGCAACAGCCCGACAGCUCAAUUCGCAUGAGCCAGCUUGAGGUACCGAGGUUUGCUCGCUGGUUUCUAUCUUUCCAGCGGCACCAUGGCCGGGGAAUUUCAAGAGACUCUAGAUAUGACACUCAAUGCGAAUGCGCUGAGGGAGAAGCAAGCCAGCACCGUGGCCAGGUCAGUUCAAGCCCUGGAGAAGCAAGCCAGCUUCAGCAACAGGUAUGGAUUGCCCGAGCUUGCUGGAAUAAACGUUCUUAACAUAAUUAUCUGCCCCGACGAUCAUCAAGUCUCAAUUCAAAUGAGCCAUCUUGAGUGUGUCGUUUCUCCAUUAUUUGUCUCCUGCCUGAUGAGUUACACAGCGUUCGUUAUCUUCUUCGAGCUCGGGUCGUGGGAAACAUCCAUCCCAAUAUAUUCAUGGAAGAAAUUCGGCCUCGACGCGUUCGAAGCAGGAAACUUCAUCGGGCUCAUCGGAUUGGGGACAGUUUUUCUUGUGGCAACAAUGCCGGCAUUGGCUCACAAGAUUCAGGAUCGACUUUGGCUGGCAGCUGGGUGCUUUUUAGGUUUGGCAGGGAUUGUUGCAAAUUAUAUCCUGCUUGGAGGGAACAGUGGACACAUGAACUUUCCAUCCUACGCAGCACAGUGGUUCGUGGUUUGUCUUGGGUUUAACACUGCUUCCAGCAUCACACUCUCACUUCUCUCCAAGAAUCUGGGAAACAAAUCCUCGGACAGGGCUGCUAUUGCCGUUCAACUCUCGAAUUAUAGCGGAAGGCUGCUUGGGGCGAUUUGGGGCACCGCUGCUGAUCUGGUUGGAGACCGUGGUUGCCACUGUUGCAAUGGUGGGGAUAAUUGCUAUGUGGAGGUUACUUAUUCUUUGAAAAGAAGUUCACCAAGUCUUUCAUGAAUUUAUGACUCAUGGGCUUUCAGAGCAA